AUGGCUUUUGGGUACCGUACUCCAGCAAGCGACGACAAAAAUCUGCUGGAGAUGUUCGAAAACUUUGAUGAGCUUUCCAGGCUGACUGGAAGCCAAUCCGCCGCCAUUCUCGACCUAUUCCCCAUUGCUAGAGUUUUACCCGAUUUUCCUGUCCCCGUUCGGCGACUGGGAAGAGAGUACCACGAGAGAGAGAAACGAUUGUUCAUGAAGCACUUCUUGAAUGCCCGUGAGCAGCUGAGCAGCGGAACGUCGAAGCCAUGCUGCGCCAUUGAUCUUCUUCGGACGCAAAAAGAAUAUGGAUUCUCCGAUGAGUUUGGCUGCUACUUAAGUGGCUCUCUCUUGCAGGCCGGCUCCGAAACGACGGCCAUCAUAUUGACCGGCUUCUUCCAAGCGAUGCUAGUCUUUCCCGAAGUUGCCAAAGAGGCUCAAGCGGAAAUUGACCGUGUCUGCGGAGACCGUCUGCCUGAUCUAAACGACUAUCCAGAUUUGCCUUAUAUCCGCGCUUGUAUGAAAGAGAGCUUGCGCUGGAUGCCUGCUACUGCUCUGGGUGUACCACACGCUGUGACCCAGGACGAUUCGUACAUGGGCUAUCAUAUCCCCAAGGAUGCAGGAGUGAUUCUAAAUGUCUGGGCUAUUCACAAUGAUCCGGAGCGACACCCUGAUCCACGAAGAUAUAAUCCUGCUCGAUGGGCAGGCGACAACCAAAAUUCCGCCCAAGCAGCAGUCAACCCAGAUCCCACCAAGCGCGAUCAUUUUGUCUUUGGUGCCGGUCGAAGAUUGUGCCAAGGAAUGCACAUUGCUGAUCGAUCGAUUUUUCUAGCCAUAUCUCGUACACUCUGGGCGUUUGAUCUAAAACGACCAGUGGAUAGAGAAACAGGAAAUGAAAUCAUCCCAGAUGUUGAUAACAUCAAAGACGGUCUGUUCAUAUCUCCUAUGCCAUUUUCAGCCAAUAUUGCUCCUAGAAGCGAGAGUCGUGCUGCAGCAGUCAAGCAAGAAUGGAAUGCCGUUGCUGAGUUGCUUGAUGAUGAGAUGCAGUGGAAGACUGUUCCAGCAGGGCUCAAGUGGAAAGAUUAUGAGCCUCUGGACGGCGAGAAUGAAGAUUCGCUUGAGUCACUCUCUUGA